AUGUGGGCCAAAAUGUUCCUCGUGUUCAUCCUGGGACUUUACCUGGGGACAGGUGCGCUUCCCUCCUCGGUGAGUGCGUGCCCGUCGCAGUGCAGCUGUUUUUUUCACGACCUAAGUGAUGGAUCUAAGGCCAGGUGAGUAGAAGAAAUGAAUGACAAAGCCAACCAAAUGAUCGCUUUAUGCGCACGUUUUCUUUGUUUGUGCACUCAUGUGCAUACGCAUUCCCUUUAAUUGAAGAUCAUUUUCUCGCAUGAUUACAGACGUUUGCCGCACACUGUGAAAUCAGGACAUGGACAAAGUCAAUUAGGGGAGUGCAUGAUGUCCAAUUUUAUUUAAUAUAGGAUUAUCUUGCAAUGGCAUGUCAACCAACUCUCCAUCUCUUCAUAAUCUCUCUGAGUUUAGUUUUUCGUGAGAGUUUUAUUGAUUGACUAUACUUAUGAUGCAAAUAAUUAUAAUAUUAAUUGACAUUUAGCUAAUAUGAUUUCAUUUAUAUGAAAACCCAAUUUAGCAUUUCACAUAAAUGAUUCAUACCAAUCAUUAAUUUUUUACAAAAAGACAGUUCAAAUAAUAAUAAGUGUGUAUUUCUUUCCUCACACAUUUGAAUUGAAAUAACAUAAGCCUAGGUUAAACACAUCCCAUUAUGUUUCCUCAGGAGUGUCAUUUGCAACGACCCCGAGAUCUCCCUUGUGCCUGCCAGUUUCCCUGUGGACACGUCCAAGCUGCGAAUCGAGAAAACUGCCAUCCAGCGGAUCCCGAGUGAAGCCUUUAACUACCUCCCCAAUCUGGAGUUCCUCUGGAUGUCCUUCAACGUGCUGUCCGCUCUCAACCCGGACAGUUUCCGUGGGCUGCUAGAUCUGGAGGAGCUGCGACUGGACGGGAAUGCCCUCACCGCGUUCCCCUGGGAGUCUAUUAUGGAUAUGUCCAGCCUCAGGCUGCUGGACUUGCACAACAAUCAGUUGACCUCAGUUCCCGCAGACGCCACAAUUUAUAUAAAAAACCUGACCUACCUGGAUCUAUCCAGCAACAACAUUCUGACUGUCCCUGCUGAGGUGCUAGCCACCUGGCUAACGGUUAAAUCUGCGCAUGGCCCAGAUAGCUCCAAAAUGAUACUUGGUAAGGCAGAGCGAUUUUUACCUUUAUUUUUCCUUGUAUUUAUCUAACCUAAUUAAACAGGUGAUCACAUGUACCAUUGAGAUACAAUCUAAUUUACAAGUGAAAUGUGGCUAGAAGGCAGCUCUAAUAUAAAACCACAACACAUCAGUGUCCUAGCACUUUAUAAUAACACCUUGUAAUAAAGCAUUUAUAAUGGAUUAGUAAUUAGUUUAUACAUCAUUUACUUAUCAUUAAUCUGCCAUUUGUAAAUAUUAGUAUUAUUAAAUACUUUAAAAGUUGUUUAUGAAUGUGUGGGCGCAGACAUCAACCUUAGGUUAAUAAUGAUUAAUAAGAUCAUUCAUAAGACAUUUAAUAUAGGUCCUUAUGAACCAUUUACUAAUAAUUAGUUAAGUCUUUCUGCGUGGCCUAAUGUAAAGUGAGGCCUAUUCAUGAAUACAGUUGAAGUCGGAAGUUUACAUACACUUAGGUUGGAGUCAUUAAAACUUGUUUUUCAACCACUCCACAAAUGUCUUGUUAACAAACUAUAGUUUUGACAAGUCGGUUAGGACAUCUACUUUGUGCAUGACACAAGUAAUUUUUCCAACAAUUGUUUACAGACCGAUUAUUUCACUUAUAAUUCACUGUAUCACAAUUCCAGUGGGUCGGAAGUUUACAUACACUAAGUUGACUGUGCCUUUAAACAGCUUGGAAAAUUCCAAAGAAUGAUAUCAUGGCUUUAGAAGCUUCUGAUAGGCUAAUUGAUAUCAUUUGAGUCAAUUGGAGGUGUACCUGUGGAUGUAUUUCAAGGCCUACCUUCAAACUCAAUGCCUCUUUGCUUGACAUCAUGAGAAAAUCAAAAGAAAUCAGUCAAGACCUCAGAAAAAGAAUUGCAGACUGGUUCAUCCUUUGGGAGCAAUUUCCAAAAGCCUGAAGGUACCACGCUCAUCUGUACGCAAGUAUAAACACCAUGGGACCACGCAGCCGUCAUACCGCUCAGGAAGGAGACGCGUUCUGUCUCCUAGAGAUGAACGUACUUUGGUGCGACAAGUGCAAAUCAAUCCCAGAACAACAGCAAAGGACCUUAUGAAGUUGUUGGAGGAAAGAGGUACAAAAGUAUCUAUAUCCACAGUAAAACAAGUCGUAUAUAUCGACAUAACCUGAAAGGCCGCUCAGCAAGGACGAAGCCACUGCUCCAAAACCGGCAUAAAAAAGCCAGACUACGGUUUUUAACUGCACAUGGGGACAAAGAUUGUACUUUUUUGAGAAAUGUCCCCUGGUCUGAUGAAACAAAAAUAGAACUGUUUAGCCAUAAUGACCAUCGUUAUGUUUGGAGGAAAAAAGGGGGCUUGCAAGCCGAAGAACACCAUCCCAACCGUGAAGCACUGGGGUGGCAGCAUCAUGCUGUGGGGGUGCUUUGCUGCAGGAGGGACUGAUGCACUUCACAAAAUAGAUGGCAUCAUGAAGAAGGAAAAUGAUGUGGAUAUAUUGAUGCAACAUUUCAAGACAUCAGUCAGGAAGUUAAAGCUUGGUCGCAAAUGGUCUUCCAAAUGGACAAUGACCCCAAGCAUACUUCCAAAGUUGUGGCAAAAUGGCUUAAGGACAACAAAGUCAAGGUACUGGAGUGGCCAUCAUAAAGCCCUGACCUCAAUCCUAUUGAAAAUUUGUGGGCAGAACUGAAAAAGCGUGUGCGAGCAAGGAGGCCUACAAACCUGACUCAGUUACACCAGCUCUGUCAGGAGGAAUGGGCCAAAAUUCACCCAACUUAUUGUGGGAAGCUUGUGGAAGGCUAUCCGAAACGUUUGAACCAAGUUAAACAAUUGAAAGGCAAUGCUACCAAAUUAUAAUUGAGUGUAUGUAAACCUCUGACCCACUGGGAAUGUGAUGAAAGAAAUAAAAGCUUAAAUAAAUCAUUCUCUCUACUAUUAUUCUGACAUUUCACAUUCUUAAAAUAAAGUGGUGAUCCUAACUGACACAAGACAGGGAAUAUUUACUAGGAUUAAAUGUCAGGAAUUGUGGAAAACUGAGUUUAAAUGUAUUUGGCUAAGGUGUAUGUAAACUUCCGACUUCAACUGUACUAUAAAUGUUUUGAUUGACAAGUGUAAUUUCUUACAAAAAGAUGGACAUAUCAUUGGUAGACAUUACAGCAGUACCUGAUGCUCCUUAAGGUCUCAAAAUAGCCUAGUACAUUUCAAUAAGAAAAUAAUAAGCACACAACACACAAGGAAAUAUAUUGAACAUUUUAUUCACAAAAACUGCUGUAAAACAACUGUUGCAAGGACUUGAGGAAGAGUUGAACUGCGAAUGCUUUGCUAAAGGCCCUUAUUUUAUUUUUAUUUUUAUUUAACCUUUAUUUAACUAGGCAAGUCAGUUAAGAACAAAUUCUUAUUUACAAUGACGGCCUACCAAAAGGCAAAAAGCCUCCUGCGGAGAAAUUAGAGUUGAUGUCCGCGCCAGUGUGGAACUCUAUGUCUGUAAGUCGCUUUGGAUAAAAGUGUCUGCUAAAUGGCAUAUAUUAUAUUAUUAUAGUAUCAAAUUAGCAUAAUAUAAAUAUUUCCAUCAAAAUCCGUCUGUUUCAGCUACAGAUAUCUGUUUUUGCAUGGGCUGCCGCUCAAUCCACCGCAUCCACCGAUGUCGUCCUUACACAUCUGCGGUAGAAGGUGGCAGAGAUACAGCUGUGUUUGUCAGACCAAGAAACGUCCCGAAUAUUGGUCUUCUCACGAAAACGUCUGUAGAGUUCGAAUGGCUUUACGACCCCUACAAGCGUCACAGGACUUGUCUGAAGUCGGAACAGCCAUUGUGCCAAAUUCUGUCUGUAGCGUCCGAACAGUUUGGGCUACACAAUAAUAUGACCCCCUCAAUGGAAAAAAGUUGAUUCUCACAAACACGAUGGUGUUCUCCAUUUUUGCUCUAUUACCCCCACAAGUGUCACGGGACUCGUUUGAAGGUAACCCGGUACCGGGCUGAAAAAUGAAUGGAAGUGAAUAGGGCAUUUCCACGUCAAAGGUGUACAGAUCAUUCCACUGUAAAAAAAAAUAAUAUUCUGAGCUUUCUUAUAUCUCUCAGAUAUUGGACUGACACUUCCUUUUGAUGAAUUUUUGGACUAUUUGUUUUUCCAUGUAUCUGUUAUUCAAUGCGUUUCUAUAGCGUUAAGGCCAAAUUCAAUACUUAUAUAUAUACAGUGGGGAGAACAAGAAUUGAUACACUGCCGAUUUCGCAGGUUUUCCUACUUACAAAGCAUGUAGAGGUCUGUAAUUUUUAUCAUAGGUACACUUCAACUGUGAGAGACGGAAUCUAAAAUAAAAAUCCAGAAAAUCACAUUGUAUGAUUUUUAAGUAAUUAAUUUGCAUUUUAUUGCAUGACAUACAGUGAGGGAAAAAAGUAUUUGAUCCCCUGCUGAUUUUGUACGUUUGCCCACAGACAAAGAAAUGAUCAGUGUAUAAUUUUAAUGGUAGGUUUAUUUGAACAGUGAGAGACAGAAUACCAACAAAAAAAUCCAGAAAAACGCAUGUCAAAAAUGUUAUAAAUUGAUUUGCAUUUUAAUGAGGGAAAUAAGUAUUUGACCCCCUCUCAAUCAGAAAGAUUUCUGGCUCCCAGGUGUCUUUUAUACAGGUAAGGAUCUGAGAUUAGGAGCACACUCUUAAAGGGAGUGCUCCUAAUCUCAGUUUGUUACCUGUAUAAAAGACACCUGUCCACAGAAGCAAUCAAUUAAUCAGAUUCCAAACUCUCCACCAUGGCCAAGAUCAAAGAGCUCUCCAAGGAUGUCAGGGACAAGAUUGUAGACCUACACAAGGCUGGAAUGGGCUACAAGACCAUCGCCAAGCAGCUUGGUGAGAAAGUGACAACAGUUGGUCAAUCUCCCUCGGCCUGGGGCUCCAUGCAAGUUCUCACCUCGUGGAGUUGCAAUGAUACCAAAUAUUAAGUUCUGUUUUUCUGAUGUAUGUACUUAUGUCAUGCAAUAAAAUGCAAAUUAAUUACUUAAAAAUCAUACAAUGUGAUUUUCUGGAUUUUUGUUUUAGAUUCCGUCUCUCACAGUUGAAGUGUACCUAUGAUAAAAAUUACAGUCCUCUACAUGCUUUGUAAGUAGGAAAACCUGCAAAAUCGGCAGUGUAUCAAAGACUUGUUCUCCUCACUGUAGGUGUUCCUCUUGUCCAGGUGGGAAAGGGCAGUGUGGAGUGCAACAGAGAUUGCGUCAUCUGUGGAUCUGUUGGGGCGGUAUGCAAAUUGGAGUGGGUCUAGGGUUUCUGGGAUAAUGGUGUUUAUGUGAGCCAUGACCAGCCUUUCAAAGCACUUCGUGGCUACAGACGUGAGUGCUACGGGUCGGUAGUCAUUUAGGUAGGUUAUCUUAGUGUUCUUGGGCACAGGGACUAUGGUGGUCUGCUUGAAACAUAUUGGUAUUACAGACUCAGUCAGGGACAUGUUGAAAAUGUCAGUGAAGACACUUGCCAGUUGGUCAGCUCUCAUCCAUGCUUCAGUGUUGCUUGCCUCGAAGCGAGCAUAGAAGUGAUUUAGCUCGUCUGGUAGGGUUGUGUCACUUGGCAGCUCGCGGGCUGUGCUUCCCUUUGUGGUCUGUAAUAGUUUUCAAGUCCUGCCACAUCUGACGAGCGUCAGAGCCGGUGUAGUACGAUUCAAUCUUAGUCCUGUAUUGACUCUUUGCCUGUUUGAGGGCUCUUCGGAGGGCAUAGCGGGAUUUCUUAUAAGCGUCCGGGUUAGAGUCCCGCUCCUUGAAGGCGGCAGCUCUACCCUUUAGCUCAGUGCGGAUGUUGCCUGUAAUCCAUGGCUUCUGAUUGGGGUAUGUUCUUACGGUCACUGUUGGGACGACGUCAUCGAUGCGCUUAUUGAUGAAGCCAGUGACUGAUGUGGUGUACUCCUCAAUGCUAUCUUAAGAAUCCCAUAAUUUAUUUCAGUCUGUGCUAGCAAAACUGUCCUGUAGCUUAGCAUCUGUGUCAUCUGACCACUUCCUUAUUAACCGAGUCACUGGUGCUUCCUGCUUUAGUUUCUGCUUAUAAGCAGGAAUCAGGAGGAUAGAGUUAUGGUCAGAUUUGCCAAAUGGAGGGCGAGGGAGAGCUUUGUACGCGUCUCUGUGUGUGGAGUAAAGGUGGUCUAGAGUUUCUUUCCCUCUGGUUGCACAUUUAACAUGCUUUUAGAAAUUAGGUAGAACGGAUUUAAGUUUCCCGGCAUUAAAUUCCCCGGCCACUAUGAUCGCUGCCUCUGGAUGAGCGUUUUCCUGUUUACUUAUGGCCUUAUACAGCUCAUUGAGUGCAAUCUUAGUGCCUGCAUCGGUUUGUGGUGGUAAAUAGACAGCUCCGAAAAAUAUAGAUGAAAACUCUUGGUAAAUAGUGUGGUCUACAGCUUAUCAUGAGAUACUCUACCUCAGGCGAGCAAAACCUCGAGACUUCCUUAGUAUUGGAUUUUAUGCACCAGCUGUUGUUUACAAAUAUACACAGACCACCACCCCUUGUCUUACCAGAGUCAGCCGUUCUAUCCUGCCGAUGUAGCGUAUAUCCCGCCAGCUGUAUGUUAUCCAUGUCGUCAUUCAGCCACGACUCGGUGAAACAUAAGAUAUUACAGUUUUUAAUGUCCCGUUGGUAGGACAACCGUAAUCUUAGGUCGUCUAAUUUAUUUUCAAAUGAUUGAACAUUGGCUAAUAGGAUUGGUGGAAGAGGCAGUUUACUUGCUCGCCUUACAAGGCACCCCGACCUACUUCCACGAUAUCUCCGUCUCUUUCUCAUGCGAAUGACAGGGAUUUGGGCCUUGUCGUGUGUCUGCAGGAUAUCCUUUGCGUCCGACUUGUUGAAGAAAAAAAUCUUCAUCCAAUACGAGGUGAGUAAUCGCUGUCCUGAUAUCCAGAAGCUCUUUUUGGUCAUAAGAGACGGUGGCAGAAACAUUAGGUACAGAAUAAAUUACAAAUAACGCAAAAAAACACAGAAUAGUACAAUUGGUUAGAGGGCUGUAAAGCGGCUGCCAUCUUCUUCGGCUCAAUUCUCACAAUUUAUGUUUUUUGCGACUGCACUUGAAGAAACUUUGAAAGAUCUUCACAUUUUCCGGAUUGCCUGACCAUCAUGUCUUAAAGUAAUGAUGGACAGUUGUUUUUCUUUGAUUAUUUGAGCUGUUCUUGCCAUAAUAUGGACUUGGUCUUGUACCAAAUAGGGCUAUCUUCUGUAACUCUUAUGUUUUCCCCUCUUCUCUGACCUCACCAACCCCCAUUAGCAUCCUUUUUUAUUUUCUUCAUCACAGAAUUCAAAGUUCAAUUGUAUUCUGCCAUGUGAAUGACUGAGUUGAACUUUAACCAUACAGGCCUCCAUGACAAUCCCUGGGUGUGUGACUGCCGCCUGUAUGACCUGAUCCAGUUCCAGAAGUCGCCAACUCUCUCCGUGGCAUUCAUCGACACGCGCCUCCGCUGCUCCGCACCCGAGAGCCUGUCAGGUGUUCUGUUCAGCGACGCCGAGCUGCGGAGGUGCCAGGCGCCGCGCAUUCACACAGCAGUGGCACGAGUCCGCAGCACCUUGGGAAACAAUGUGCUGCUGCGCUGCGGGACCAUCGGCAUUCCCAGUCCGGAUCUGGCCUGGCGGAGGGCGGAUGGGAAAGCCCUGAACGGGACAGGUAAGACAGCAAGGGAUGUGUGUAGGUGUGUGUGAGUGCAUGUGUGUGUGCGUGUGCUUCUCUUUCUCUGGGCUCAAUUCAAUCUCUAUCACUGCGUUACAGAUUGCGCAAUAUAAAUCUUAAACGUGUUUUCCAAUUGAGCCGACAUAUGCAGCGUUUACCAUGAAUGCAGUCUCCACUAACACGGGAACAUUGCCUUUAAAUUUCAGUCACGGUGUAACGCUGAUUGUCUACAAUACCGAUUGAAUAGAGCCCACUUUGUGUGUGUGUGUUUCCGCGCGUGCGUCGGGUGGUUGACACACUUUCAUUCAGUCUGCCCUGUAGCGUUAAUACAUUGGUAAUUAAACAGAGAGCUAGGCCUAUAUCCUUGGUGGCCCCACAGAUGUCCUACGGCCACCAAGGAUAUAGCUCUAGCUCUCUGUUUAAUGACCAAUGUAUUAACGCUACAGGGCAGACUGAAUGAAAGUGUGUCAACCACCUUUUAAUGUAAAGGACGUGAUUCAUUCCAGAAAAGUAAAUUAUUGGACAUUUUAGAUAUUGGUGGCCAGUUUUCUGGACACAGAUUAAGGAUGUUCCUGGACUAAAAAGCAUUUUAAAUGGGAAUCUCUCUCUUUGUAUGACUUUUUGUAUUAUUUUAUUUAAAUGUUGUACUCUGACUAAUAGUGUGUCCAUGUCACUUCUCUGGCGCUACAGUCCAGCAGGAGAACUCCAAGGAAGGCAUCAUCUGGUCCAUCCUCAGUGUCCCGGCCGUGUCCUACCGCGACUCAGGGAAGUAUGUCUGCAAGGCCAAUAACUACGCCGGCAACGCCGAGGCCGUCAUCUCCCUAGUCAUCUCCGAAGCACCCCUGAAACCUGACAACAACAACAACCAAACCAGCGUGGUUGCUGCUGCUGCCGUAAAAAAAAACAAAGUCAAGAAACCCAACGGGAUAGGGAAAGCAGCAUACCAGGAGAAACUGGUGGCUAGGUUAGGGGUUCCCACCCCCAGCCCUCCACCCCCACUUGUUGUGGUGGACUCCAGCCCUGUGCCUGAGGGUAUGGGGAGAGUGGCAGAUAGAGCCACCCCUGGACCAGCUACUUUGCCUAGUCCAGACGGACUCCUGGAGCUGGAGAAAACCAACCUGAGCAACCUGGCCCAGGCCCAGUAUGACCCAGACCGGAUAGUUCGCUCGGUCAAGGUGUUGGGCGACACAGAGAACACCAUCACCCUGAACUGGCGGGCACCCAAGGCCAAGAACACUACAGCCUUCAGCGUGCUCUACGCUGUCUUCGGCGAGCGGGAUAUGCGCAAGAUCAAUGUGGCAGCGGGCCAGAAUCGCGUCUUCAUCGAGGGCCUGGUGCCCAAGACCAAGUACAUUGCUUGCGUGUGCGUCCGGGGCCUGAUCCCCAAGAAGGAGCAGUGCGUCAUCUUCUCCACCGACGAGGCGGCCAGUGCCGCUGGCACCCAGAAGCUCAUCAACGUCAUCGUGAUCACGGUGGCGUGCGUCAUCGCCGUGCCGCUCACCGUCAUCGUGUGCUGUGGCGCACUCAAGAGGCGCAUCCAGAAGAUGUGGGGCAAGAAGUCCAAGGACAUCCAGGAUUCAUACGUGACUUUUGAGACGCUGUCCCCCGGGACCAAGGCUAAAGGGUUGGAGGGUGAGUACCUGACCAGACUCAAACCUGAGGAGUCCAACCGACUGCUGUCUGCCCGUUCCAGUCUGGACUCAGAGGCCACAGCUAAGAUAGAGGGACAGCCCAAUGAGUACUUCUGCUGA